GUAUUUCGCGGACUUCCAUCGUGUCCUGUUCGUUCUUUGGUCUCGUCCGGUCGAGCGCGUCGAGUCACGGCAGAGACAGAGAGAGGGAGAGAGAAAGAGAUAGAAGUAGUCGCCGAGAAACGCCACAGGACACAAAAGUGCCUUCUUCUUCCUUCUUCGCCGCGUCACGGAGAGCCCCGUCAGGAUGGCGGACGACAAUCACGAGAACGGCACCAGCAACGGCGACGUCCCCGAGAUCGAGCUGAUCAUAAAGGCGUCGACGAUCGAUGGCCGUCGAAAGGGCGCUUGCCUCUUCUGCCAGGAAUAUUUCAUGGAUUUGUAUCUGCUGGCGGAGCUGAAGACGAUCUCCCUGAAGGUGACCACCGUGGACAUGCAGAAACCGCCGCCCGACUUCCGCACCAACUUCCAGGCCACGCCGCCGCCCAUCCUGAUCGACAACGGUGACGCGAUACUGGAGAACGAAAAGAUCGAACGGCACAUCAUGAAAAACAUCCCCGGCGGGCACAAUCUGUUUGUACAGGAUAAGGAAGUGGCCACUCUCGUGGAGAACUUGUUCAGCAAGCUCAAGCUGCUGCUGCUGAACGCGAAGGACAAGGACAAGGAUCCCAAGUCCUCGUCGCUGAUGGCGCAUCUGCGUAAGAUCGACGAGCAUCUGGGCCGCAAGGGCACGCGCUUCCUCACCGGCGACACCAUGUGCUGCUUCGACUGCGAGCUGAUGCCGCGGCUGCAGCACAUCAGGGUCGCCGGCAAGUACUUCGCCGACUUCGAGAUACCGGAGACUCUGGUGCACCUGUGGCGGUACAUGCACCACAUGUACAGGCUCGACGCUUUCCUACAGAGCUGCCCGGCCGAUCAGGAUAUCAUUAAUCACUACAAACUGCAACAGAGUAUGAAGAUGAAGAAGCACGAGGAGCUGGAGACACCGACCUUCACCACGAGUAUCCCGAUCGAGGUCAACGACGACUAAGCUGGACCUUCGUCGGCGAGGCUGCGAUCGCGUGACUUCGAUUAGACAUCGAGAUCGGCCUACAGCGAGACGGCGAAUCGCGGAGUUUCAACGGCACGCAUUUUGUUAUUUAAUAUAUCCAACAACAUUAGCAACGAAAACAAGGCAGGGAUUCUUCCGUUGGAACUCCCCCCUCCCCCCCCAUCUUACGAACUGCCAGCUCGUGUCGUCGCCGUCGUUGAUCGCUUCAUAUUUUUUUUGCUAAGCAAUCGUAGCUGAAUCGCAUCCCUUCCCUGUGGGAUCAAGUCAGGUGUAAACAGAUUAGCUUUUUUACCGCAAACGACACGAAAACAUACAUAAGUGCGUUAAGAUAUUCAAAGUCUUAAAAAAAAAAACGGUUCUAGAAUAUUAAUCUCUGUUUUUCUUCUUUUUUUCUAUCUUCUUUUUUUUCCACUAUGUACAGCACGUGUACGUAGUUUUGACCUGAGUAGUAUUAGCAAGAUUUUAAUUUGCUAUUUGUUGAUCCAAGGAUUAAGUUUACCAGGAGAAGCGAUGAGAUGAUUUUUGCCAUUCUCUGGCGGCAACAAUCCAUGGAAACUAACAACCCAGAAUGCAAAAGAAACGUAUGCGUUCGAGAGAACCGAAUUGGUGCCAUUAAUAAUAUCUUUGCAAUCUUAAUAGAAAUUAUCCUUUGGAUAGUAUUCAUUAUUCCUAGGCAUUAUUCUUACAUAAGAUUAAGCGAAUAAAAGUAGAUGAAAUCAAAGUAGAACGUCUGAUAAAAUGUUUCAACAUCAUUCUCAAACUUGCAUAAAUCUUUUUAAACGUUAGAUUUCUCUUUUUUUUCCAUCGUUUUCAUUCAAGCCACUCAUUAUCACGAGAUACUUAAACACGAUUAAGAUUCAUUUGCAUCCAUGGGAAAGGUACACGUUCGUUCGAAAUUAUGAAUUUGUUUAACAUGGGCUUCGCGUUUUUUAUAUAUAUAUGUGAUUGCACGACAGAGAAAGACAGACACAUGUUAUCGUUAUAUGUAUACGUAGAAGAGAAAAAGAAAUACGUUUUGCCGUAUCUCUCGCGCCGUGUCACACGUGAUCCAGAGUGCGUACGUUUCUUCUGGAUUCCGACAGCGUGAUUCGAGGCAUCUUGUUAUUCCCCGUUUCAUCGUUAGCACUUUUACUGAUUUACAAGCAGAGAACGAGCGCAAACAGUUUCCCACGAUUGUUUUUCCCCCGCGAGCCGAGAGCAUUUAGAGUAACAGCAUCCGGGAGCUCGACUCCGCUUUAUUUCCACUAAUUCACUGUUCCAGAGUACAGAAAACCGAGCAGCAGUGCAACUCGUAAGAAACUGUCUAUUCCGCAUUAGUAAUUCUAUUAUUAUAAUUAUUACUAUUGUAUUAUUAAUUUUGGUUUAUAUAUCCGUAGAAGUCAAUAUACCAGUGUUUACAAUAA